CCUCCGAGACGCGACCUCCGACGCCUGAUCGCAACACGAUCGUCUCGGUUCGCCGCCGCCGUCGCUUUAAGCACGCCUCGUACACGUACUUCGACGCCGCCGAAAUGACGAUGAUCGCGCGCUGUGUCGACGAAGCCGUCGCGCCCGCGUAACGAUCGGAUUUUACGGAUUAUUAUUAUGAUUACGGUGCGUCGUUAAAGUCUCCACCGCCGCAGCGAACUCUUAAUAAUAUUGCGCUCGUUACACACCACCAUUGCGACUAUAGAUUGUCACGUCCCGCCAACGCCAAUGUGAGUCAAAUCGCCGUUGUGUGCAACCGGUGGUUCUCUCGGUGUGUAGAAUAUUACUCUCCCAAUCACCGGUAUCGCAUCGCUGUAAAAAUUGAAAAGUAUUCUUGAAAAAUUAUAAUUUAAUUGGUUUUUUUCUUUACCCUCCGGUUGAACAAUGGUAUUUAAUCAAACAUGCCCCAUUAUUGUUUUCUAUACGAUAAGAGGUAGGUACCUAUUCCUUAUUGAUAUAAAGUAUACUUAGUAUACUUUAUUACUUAUUAUUUUUAUAUUUAAAUGUUUUCACACCUCCGAGUUACGUUCUCAGUUUAGUGUUUUACAGUGUAUAUUAGCUAACAUAAAUCUCUAUUGUAUACUUAUAGAUAGGUAGUAAACUGGUUGGUUUAGUUAAGAUACCUACAUAUAAAUCUGUUAAAGAACUGGUAACACUUUUAAAUCCUAUUUAUUGAAAUUUGUGAAUACCUAUAUAAUUUUUUGUAAGACCCAAAAAAUUAACUAGUAUUUCAGAAGUUGGGUUAGUUGGUGGAUACUACUAGAAAAAUGAUAAUUAUUUUUCUAAUUUCUCUAGAUAUUACCUACUUCUAUUCUUAUUGACUAUGCCUAUCAUUAUUUAUAUAGGUUUUAAGUAAUUUUAAAUUGAAAACUUUGUUAUUAGCAUCAGGGGCUUUUUUUUGGUAUGCCUUAAAAUUAAUUAAGUUUUUAAAACUUUUUUAAAUUGUAAAUGUAUAUAUAUGUAUGGCGUACCUUCUAACAAUUACUAAUUAUUGUCGUACAUGAGAAAAUAACAAUCUUUAUUAACAUUGGCAUUGUGAUAAUUGGAUAAUAUUUUUCAACUCUACUUUUUGGUAUAACUUCCAAAAUAAGAAAUUGCAAACAAUUUUUAAAUACUUUUAGAUUCAGUGCCUUAUAACAUUUUGGAAAAUCAACAUGAGUAGGUAGGUGUGAAAGUAUCAAACUUCAUUUGUUCCAAGUUAUCAAUAUAUUAUCAGAUUAUCAAGUUAGUAAACAUUUAAUUUAUUGUGAAAAUUGGUAUUAAAAUACAGUUAUAGAAUGGUUAGACAAUAUUGCAAUUAAAGGUAUUAUUAUUAUUAUUUGUAAAUUCAAUUUUAUUAAUAUUCAAUAAUUUUGUACUAGUUUUAUAUUAGUAUAAUAGCUAGCUACCUGCAAUAUCUUAACAAAUAACUAAACAAAAAAACUAUAGUUACUCAUUUGUAUAAUUGAUAAAUUAAAAAUAAGUAUUUAAAAAAAUCAACAAAAAAUCAUUGUAAGAAGUUGUUAUGUACUUUGUCUCGAUUACCUGUAUUUUUACAUGUAGAUAGUUUUCAACAUAACAAUAUUUUUAGCUGAUAAAAGUGUUCGCAUUCUAAGUAACAAUUAUACAACUCGAGUGUGAGCUCAUAUUGGACUUUCAAUCAAAAAUAAACCCUGAUUCGUUAGUAAAACCACAUUAGGUAGGAAAAAAUAGAUUUACACAAGUAGGUAGUUUAGAUAACAGUAAAGUACCAUUUUUUACUUACCAGUUACCUGUAAUUACCAUUUGCAAACCGUCUAAUUAAGAAUUUGUCUUCUUUGUAAACUUUAUUUUAAGAAAUCAUAAUUUUAUUGUCUUAAUGUGUUUUAAACAAAAAAAGUUUACAAGCAAACAUAAUUUAUUUAAAAAUUAUAUUAUCUACCCAUGUUUUUAUUGUCAUUAUUUUUGUUUUAUAUACAGAGUAAAAAUGUCUAUAGUUAUGUGAUGAUAGAAAUGUUUUCAAAAUCAUGCCACAAAGAGACCUAUCCGAGGUAGUUUAAAAUGCAGAAUUACCAAUUAUAGAAUUAUAUUACAUAGGUAGAACAUAUAGUUAUCAUUAAUCAAUUGUACUAAUGUUAAGGUGGAGCCGGAAAAUGGAUGUGGUGAAGAAGGAUUUAUGGAAAAGGUGCGUGAAUCAAAUGCUGCAUGUGAAUCUGGAGACUUUACACGAGCAAUACAGUUGUAUACUGAAGCUCUUCGCCACUAUCCCAAUAAUCAUAUUCUAUAUUCCAAUCGGUCUGCCGCAUUGCUUAAGUUGGGUAGAUUUAAUGAAGCACUACAUGAUGCUACUUGUGCUCGCCAAGUCAAUCCAAAUUGGCCAAAAGCACAUUACCGAGAGGGUGUUGCUUUGCAAUGUUUGGGUAGGCAUGGUGAUGCCUUGGCAGUUUUUAGCACAGGGCUUUCUAUUGAACCUAAAUCUACUCAGCUAUUAGCUGGUCUAAUUGAGGCCUCUAUUAAAUCACCUCUUAGGGGUAUGGAUACAAAUACUAUUCCUUUUUUCUUCCUUAAUUUUAGUUUUUACAUGUUAUUUUUGAAAUGCUUUAUAGGUGUACUGGAGCCUACAUUUGAACAAUUGCGUAGCAUAAAUCAUAAUGGUGUAACAUUAGACAAAUCUCCAUUUCUUGUCAUGUCUGUGAUAGGUCAAGAAUUAUUAGCAGCUGGACAGUACUCUGUAGCUGUUGUUGUUUUAGAAUCAGCUCUUAGGAUAGGUACUUGUAGUGCUAAGUUAAGAGGCUCUGUAUUUUCUGCGUUAUCUUCAGCUUAUUGGGCACUAAAUUCUUUAGACAAAGUAUGUAUAAUAUUUUUAAAUUUAUAAAAAUCAUAAUAUCCGUGUUAAAUGAUUAAAUUAAAUUUAACUUAGGCAAUAGGUUACAUGCAACAAGAUUUAUUAGUAGCUAAGUCUUUAAAAGAUGUAGCUGGAGAAAGUCGAGCUCAUGGCAAUUUAGGAUCGGCUUAUUUUAGUAAAGGAAGCUAUAAAGAAGCAUUAACUGCACAUCGAUACCAAUUAGUUUUUGCAAUGAAAGCCAGAGAAAUGAAAGCUGCUGCUUCUGCUCUUACUAGUCUUGGUAAGUUACUAAUUUUAAUUUGUAUGCUAUUAUUUGUUUACAUUUUGUAAUGGAUUGUGUUUAGGUUACUUACAGUAUUUACAUUUUAUAUUUUAGGCUACAUAUUGUUUUAAUAAGUACAAAUUUUAGUUUAAACUAAUUAAUGAAUAACAUACUAUGAUACAAUGGGUGUUUAAUCUAAAAUAGUUACUUUCUAACUUUGUAUUUUUUAAUCAGGGCAUGUAUAUACAGCAAUUGGUGAUUAUCCUAAUGCGUUAGCGUCACACAAACAAUGUGUACAGUUAGUAAAACAAAUUGGAGAAGUUCUUCAGGAAGCAAGAGAAAUUGGAAAUGUUGGUGCUGUUUAUUUAGCCAUGGGUGAAUUUGAAAGUGCAUUAGACUGUCAUAUGCAACAUUUAAAAUUAUCAAAAAAAUUAGGAAAUAAGGUAAACAAAUUGUUAAUAAUUUAUAUUUUCAAUACUAUUUAUUUAUUUUGUUAAGGUUGAAGAAGCACGUGCUUAUAGCAAUUUAGGUUCGUCAUAUCAUUAUAGACGAAAUUUUGCUCAAGCUAUUACUUACCAUGAAAAUGUUUUAAGACUUGCUCAAGAACUUGGAGACAAAAUAAUUGAAGCUAGAGCCUAUGCUGGACUUGGCCAUGCAGCAAGAUGUGCUGGAAACUAUUCUCAAGUAUGUUUAUAUAAUAUGACAAAAUAUUUACAAUAUUAUUAACUCAUAUUUUUUCUAGGCAAAACAUUGGCAUGAAAAACAAUUAGACAUGGCAUUAAAUACACACGACAAAGUAGGAGAAGGAAGAGCCUGUUCAAAUUUGGGUAUUGUUUAUCAGUUACUUGGAGCUCAUGAGUCUGCAUUAAAACUACAUCAUGCUCAUUUAAAUAUUGCUAAGUCUUUGCAUGAUAGAGCUGCUAUGGGAAGAGCGUUUGGAAACAUUGGAAAUGCUUAUAGUGCUAUGGGUUUCUAUGAACAGGUAAAAACAAAUGAGGUUACUUUAUCAUAUUCUGACUAAUAUUUUCCUAAAUAAUACAUACAAAUAUUGAAUAUUCAGGCAAUAAAAUAUCAUAAACAAGAAUUAACUAUAUCAAAGGAAGUUAAGGACAGAAAUUCUGAAGCAUCUACCCAUGGAAAUCUAGCAGUAGCUUAUCAGUCAUUAGGAGCAUUUGAAAUGGCUCUAUUGCAUUAUAGAGCUCAUUUAAAUAUUGCUAGAGAAUUGAAAGAUACAGCUGGAGAGGCUUGUGCUUUAUUAAACUUAGCCAAUUGUUUAAGUACCAGAAGUGACUUCUUACAGGCCAUUCCUUACUAUGAAAAUUAUUUAAUGUUAUCUCAAGUAAAUUAUUUUUAUUAAUUUAUAAUGAUGAACUUAAAAAUAUUUUCCAAUUUUUUUUAUUCAAGGAAUUACAUGACAUUGAAGGAGAAGCAAAAGCAUGUCAUUUCCUAGGUUAUGCUCAUUAUUGUUUGGGUAACUAUCGAGAGGCUGUAAGAUAUUACGACCAAGAUUUAUCUCUGGCUAAAGAUCUACAAGAUAAGAUGAAUAUGGGCCGAGCUUAUUGUAAUUUAGGCCUUGCUCAUUUAGCAUUAGGAAAUCUAGAAACUUCACUAGAAUGUCAAAAAUACUUUUUAGGUACAUUUUUUAAAUAAUUUUUUAAAUUUAUUUUUACUUAUGUUAUAUAUAUAUAUAUGUUUAGCUAUAUCACAUAUGACAAAAGGUUUGCUAGCAAAACUUCGAGCCUUAGGCAAUAUUGGAGAUAUACUAAUAAAAAUGAAUGACACAGAAGAAGCCCUUAAAAUGUAUCACCGACAGUUCACACUUGCCAGACAAAUUAGAGAUACAAAUAUGGAGGCAGCAGCAUGUAGUUCUCUAGGUUUAGCUAACAGAUAUAUCAAAUGUUUUGAUAAAGCUUUAUCUUAUCAUUGUCAAGUAUGGAAUAGACAAAUAAUUGUAUUUAAUUUAUAGAAUAUGUUGUUAAAAUUUUUUUUUUUCAGGAGUUAUCUCUAAGACAAGAAGUAAAUGAUUUAAAAGGUGAAUGUUGUGCUCAUGGACAUAUUGGAGCAGUUUAUAUGUCUCUUAGGAAUUAUACAAAUGCAAUAAAAUGUUACCAAUUACAGCUUGAAAGAGCAAAAGAACUAAGAGAUAAUGCAAUUGAAGCAGAGGCUUUUGGAAAUUUAGGUAUUUUUUGAAACUUUAUUAAUAUUUUUUUUAAAUCUAUAAUCUAAAUGUUUGUAUUUAGGUAUAGCAAGGAUGAACAUGGGAAUUUAUGAAGGAGCAAUUGGAUAUUUUGAACAACAAUUAGCUACUCUUGAACAGUUGUCUUCCCAUACGUCUUUAACAGAUAAGGUAAAUUCAAUUAAAUGAUUAUAAACAUGUAUUUUAUUCUGAAUGAGCUAACACAUUUCCCGUACUUAAACACGUUCUAAAUACAGACCUUAAUGCUUUGAAGAGAUGUUUUAGUAAGUGGCAUCUCACUCAGAAUCCUAGUAAAACCAUAGCCAUAGUUUUUCACUUGGGUAGCAGGGAAACCCGAAGGAAGCUAGAUAUUAAGGUAGGAGACACCAGCAUUGCCAAUGAAGAACAUCCUAGACACUUAAGAGCUAAAUUUGAUAGGUCUCUGAUCUUCAAUCAGUACUUAGAAGCGGUUGAGAACAAAUUCGAGUUUAGAAAUAAAAUUUUAUUAAAGCUAGCUGGCUGUAGCUGGGGCUGCAGCAUGGAUGUACUGCGAACAUCAGCAAUUGCCUUAGUCUACAGUGUAGCAGAAUAUUGCGCACAUGUUUGGUCCAGAAGUGUCCACUGCACAAAAGUCGAUAUCCAACUAAAAAAAACGAUGCGGAUCGUCAUAGGAACGCUGAGAUCCACUCAUGUAGAAUGGUUCCAGUACUGGCCAAUAUAGCUACGAUAUAUGGAAGCAUGAGUCUGCUGUAUAGAUACUGAACAUAAUCAAACAACCCAAGCCUACCUCUGUUUAAAGAUGUAAUCAAGUACCCACCUAUGAAGCUAAAAUCAAGGCGUCCCAUUUGGGAUACAACACUCACGAAUGAACCAGCAACGUCUACAUGGAAAAUCUGUUGGAAUGACCUUGCGUGUCCAAAACUCUUUCCUGGUAGAAAACCCAACACAAAGGGUCCUAAGUUUCGACCUGCCACGAGCUUAAUGGGUAACCCUAAACAAAAUCAAGGCAGAUGUGGCAGCACUCUAUUCAAAUAAGGCAUGGCUCAGUCGCCAUUGUGUAAGUGUGGGUUAAAGCAAACUAUUCAGCACGUAGUUUUCAGUUUCUACAAGACAAAGUUUGAGGGAAACAUCAAACAAAUUCACAACCUAGAAGUAAACGCAAACCUCUGGUUAAAAAACCUGACAGUCACCUAUAUUUAGUUAUCACUUUCUAAUCUUAUUUAUUUAUUUUUCAUUAUAUUCUAUUAGUUGAUUAAUUUCCAUGUGAAAUAUUUAUAUAUUAUGUUUAUAUGUCCACAGUAUCCAUUGAUAAUAUUUUUUAAUUUCAGUUUUUUAAUUGUAGUCAAUACAUUGUCAUAUGCAAUUAAUAUUAAUGAGUAAUUGUUUAUACAGGGUCGUGCAUUUGGAAAUCUUGGUGAUUGUUAUGACGCAUUAGGAGAUUAUGAUGAAGCUGUUAAAUGUCAUGAACAAUUUUUAACUAUUGCAGUACAACUCCAAAAUCUUCGAGAUCUUGAAAAAGCCUAUAGUUGUCUAGGUCAAUCAUACCGUCGUAUUGGACAUCUCGAUCAAAGUCUUGUUUGUUUUGAAAAAAUACUAGUCAUUGCCCAUGAACUUAACAAUUCAGAGAUGAAAGCAACUGCUUAUGGUGAAUUGGGCUCCAAUCAUGUUAUGAUGGGCAAUUAUCAACAAGCUGUGUCAUGUUUGCAAAACCAAAUAUCAAUAGCUAGAGAAUUAUGUAACAGAACUGUUGAAGCAAAUGCAGCAUCUGCUCUUGGAUAUGCACAUCAGUUAAUGGGACAGAACAGUGUUGCUCUACAUUACCAUAAAUUAGACUUGGAGAUUGGCAAAGAACUUAAUCAACCAUUAUUACAAUGCAGAGCAUAUGGAAAUAUUGGAAAUGUUGAAGAAGUUUUAGGGAACCUAAACGAAGCUAUUAAAUACCAAGAGGAACAUUUAUCAAUCGCUAGUCAAAUUGAUGAUAAAACAGCUAAAACUGCUGCCUAUGGAAGUUUAGGAUCAUUACAUCAUACAUUAGGACACACAAGUCAAGCAGUAAUAUAUCUUACCCAAGCCCUACAGAGUAUUGACAUGACAAGGAAACCAGAUGAAGAAGGACGCAUUCGAUUUAAACUUGGAAUGGCAUUAUUAGCUGAUGGACAAUCAGAUGCAGCGCGAGGUCAUUUAGAACAAGCAUCUGAAUUAUUAGAUAAUGCUCUUAAUUCUAUUACCUUAGAACACUCUCAAUCUAUAACACAAUUGAGAUUAGAAUGUUACCAAGCAUUACAAGUAAGUAUUAAAACUAUAAUUUAUUUCAAUUGAUAAUAUUUAUUAAAAUACAGUGUACUCCCGAUUAUCCGCUGUCUUCCACGGAAUCGUCUACAUACCUAUAUGUAUACAAAAAAAUAUAUACGUAUUGUNUAACGACGUAAAAUACGCUUUAUUAAUACAUAUUAUGUUAUGUUCCUUUAAUACUAGACCCUCGAAUGUACAUUGUACAUCAUUAUCGGUUAAAUUGGGAUAAUAUAUUAAUUUUGCGGAUUAUCCGCGGAAUUUGUUUAUCUGUGGAUAUCCUGCCAUCCUAUUCCACGGAUAAUCGGGAGUACACUGUAUAACAUAAUAUUUCAAUAUGACUACAAAGAUAAUUAAUUUUCAUUACUGAACAAGUAUUUUGAUUAAAAACAAAAUGUGUUGAAGGAUUUAUUUAAUUUUUUUUAUAAUGUUUUACUGAAUAGUUCUAUGCAAUUUUUGUUUCUUUUUUUUGGAAAUACUUUUUUGGUUGGUAAAAAUACUCAGAUUCAUACAAUACUUUAAAAGAUGUAAAAUUUCUGGGCAGUGGUACCUUAUUUAAAACAUAAACCAAAAUGCUCAACAGUUCUGAUAUUUUCAUGCAGUAACUUGCAGUAUGUACUUUUUAUAACUUCCCAACUACUUACCUGCAAUAGUGGCCAACCCAUAAUGCAAAGCUGCUAAGAAUGGCACACUUUUUAAUGUUAGAAUAGCAAAUUAAUCAUUUUGAUUUUUUCUGCAGUGAACUAUAAUUUUGAAUAAUCAUAUAAAACUCCUUUUUUAGUAUAAAAUGGUAUACUAAUAUACCUUUUUAGUAUGUUCCUACAUUUUUACAAACAAAAUUAAAUGAUUUUUUGUUUUUCAAGGUCAAUAAAUAUUUUUCUUGUUGUUUUCUUAGUAUUAAUAUUCAACCAUGCAUUUUUAUGUAAGUGAUUAGGAAAGAAUUAUUACAUUCAAAAAUUACCUUAACCUUCUCCCUUUAAAAAAAAAAUACUCACGAUUUUCAGAAAAUAGAACUAUUAUAGUACCUAUGUCCUACAUACAUACUUUUGUUUAUUCAUUUUUCAGACUGUGCUAGUGCAAUUGAAUAAAUGUGAGGAAGCUCUUUUAGUUACAGAAAAAUAUCGUAUUAGAGCAAAAACUGGUAUUCCCAGUACACGGGUAAAACCUAAUCCAGAUUACCAUAAAAUAAAUUCUGUUGAAAGUUUAUUGGAUAUUGUAAAUAAACAAAAAGCGUCAGUUCUUUACUUCAGUAUAGCAUCUGGUUAUUUGUUUUCUUGGCUUAUUGUUCCAAAUAAAGGUGAGAUUUAUUUAAAAAUUUUAUUAUGACAUUAUUUUCUUAAACGUAUUUUCCAUCCAGGAGUUGUUAAAUUUCAUGAAACUUUAAUUCAGACAGAAAAUGGUACAGACAAUUUAUUAACACAAUAUCUUAAAGAUGUAAAAAGUACAUUAAAUGUUCAGCAACCAAUGUAAGUAUUUAGCAUGAUAAGAUAAAGUAAAAGAAUGUCAUGUGUUUAUGAUAUUAUAGAAUUGAUUUUGAAUCAAAUGAAGCUUGCCAUUUAGAUGAAUUAGGUGAUAGAUUGACUCAAGAUAAUGAACGUAGUUAUUUAAGAAUGGUUAACAGAAACCAUUUAUAUAACUCGAGUAACUACAGUUUGAGUAGUUUGUUCAGGUAUUUGUUUUCAUUAUUUUCGUUUAAAUGGUAUUUUGAAGACAUCCAAUAAUAAUUUAUAUUAUAGUGUUGGAAGCUUGGGUGGAAGUACAGUUGGAUCUGCUAGUAGACCCGGCAGUGUGAGAGCAAAGAAAUCUAAAACAUGGCUUAUCCCUGAUAGUUUAAACAAAUUAUACGAAUUACUAAUAGCUCCAUUUGAAGAUUUUCUUUUUGCACCCUGUGGUAAUUAUUUCAAACUAAAUAAUAUUUGUUAAAAAUCCAAAUGUUUAAUAAUAUAUUUUUACAGCUUCUCAUAGUAAGGGUUGUUCGGGCAGAAAAGAAUUAUUAUUAGUUCUCGAACAAGAUUUAUUAUUAGUGCCAUUUUCAAUGUUACAUCCAAAAAUAGAUGAUGAUAGUCUUUUAUCAGGAGAAUAUUUAAGUGAAAAAUUCAGUUUGCUUGUUACACCUUCAUUGAUGAAAUUUAAAGAAAAUCAAAGGUUGAUAUAUUAUUUCAAAAAUAUCUAAGAUAAGAAAAAAUUAUAGGCGUCAUUAACAUUUUAAGUUGAUUACAAAAAUUUCCUCUAUAAAUAAUAUUCAAAGUAAAAACCUUCCAAUUCAAUAAUGUAUAUAUAUAUUAUUAAAUUUCAAUAUUUUCAUACUAAACAUUUCAAUUUCAAUCUAAUUUUCACUUUUCCUAAAAAAAAAAUUGAAUAACAUGGAUGAAAUGAGGAUUGAAAUCAUAGUAAUUAUUAUUUAUUUAUGUUUAGAGCACAAAAGAAAGCUGGGGUUAAUGAAUCAUCAAAUAUGACUACUCUUGUGGUUGGAAACCCGUUACUUCCUAACUGUCUUAAUGAACAAUUAAGUCUAAAUGAACUACCACAUACAGAGCAAGAAGCUAGUAUGGUGGCAGAAAUGUUACAGACAAAACCUUUGAUUAAAGCUCAAGUAUACCAAUUACAAUAACAAAUUACAAUUUGUUGUUAAUGGAAAAUACAUUAAAACUAAAUUUAAUUUUAGGCAAAUAAACACAAUAUUUUGGAACAACUUGUUAAAGCAGAAUGCAUUCAUUUGGCUACUCAUGUUAGUUGGGAAUUAUCAGCUAUUAUAUUAUCUCCAGAUGAAAGUGUAAGAAUAUAUUAAAUUAAAUUUCUAUGUAUUGGUAUUAUUAUUGUUAUUUUUUUCAGGAAACCACAUCACAAUCUGAUAUGAAUAUUUCCGAAGUAUUACUUACCACAGAAGAUUUAUUAUCUUUGAAAUUAAAUGCAAGACUGGUAGUUUUAAGUUGGUCACAUGCACGAGAUGAUUGGGCUACAUCAAAAGGACUUUAUGAUCUUACAAAUGGUUUACUUAUGGCUGGGGCACAAUGUAUACUUGUUUCAUUAUGGCCAGUACCGAGUACUGCUGCUAAAAUUUUAUUGAGGGCAUUUUACUCAGCUUUAUUACAAGUAACAACUAAUAAUUAAACUUAUUUUUUAACAUUUAUUUAAUAGAGUUUAAAACAAUAUUUAGGGAUCAAGAGUGUGCAGAGCUCUAUGUGAUGCAAUGCAAACUGUGCAACAUACAAAACAUUUUUCUCAUCCAUCAAACUGGGCUGGAUAUUUUCUAAUUGGUUCAGAUGUGCGUUUAUCGAGCAAAGUAGCUUUAAUGGGUCAAGCACUUUGUGAAUUAUUAAAAACUCCUGAUCGAUGUAGGGAUGCUUUAAGAGUUACUCUUCAUUUGGUAUUUAUUAUAGUUUUAACAGUAUAUAAUUUUAUAAAUACAAAAUAUUAUAUAACUUAUUUAUACAUCAAGGUUGAAAAAUCUCUGCAACGUAUUCAUCGAGGACAGAAAAAUGCAAUGUAUACAACGCAAAAAAGCAUUGAAAAUAAAGUAUGGAGUUUUAAUUGUUUAUAACUAACUGGACAAAUAUAUUAUUUUACAUAAUGAAUAUUUUACUUACUAACUUAAAUUUGUAUAAAUAUACCAUUAUAAAUACAUGAAAUAAUAUCCUAAUUUAUGAUUUUAAAAAUAUACUUUGUAUUAAGCAAUCUUAAUUAUUAAUAAAAAUAAUUUGGUUUUAUUUCUUAAAGGUUGGUGAUGUCACUGGAUGGAAAGAACUACUCCAAUCAGUUGGUUUUCGUUUUGAACCUGCUGCUAAUGGUAUACCUUCUUCAGUAUUCUUUCCACAAAGUGAUCCUGAAGACAGGCUCACUCAGUGUAGUGCAAGUUUACAAGCAUUACUUGGUAUGUCCAAAUUAAUUUCUAAGUACUAAUAUACAUUAAAUCAAAUAACAAAUAAAUUUACUUUUAAAUUUUUUAUGAAAAAAAGUUAUUUUAAAUUAAUAUUCAAUAAAAUAUCAAUUAUAAAAAAAAAAAAAAUGAAGCCUAUAAAAUCAUCAUUGGAUUAUAAAAUAACAAAGUCAAAAAAAUAAUACUAAACUGAAUAUAAAAUUAACUUUAAUACCAGAAAUCUCACUCCAAUUAAAAAAUUACAUUGCUGUUCUAUUGUCUAAUGAUAAUUUUAAAUUCUGAGCGGAGCAAUAAAUUUAUUAGUUUUAAUGAUUUUUAUUUCUUUUUUUUUUUUUGAGAACAACUUUUCUACCAAUUUUGAUUCAAUUUUUAAAUGUAGCUCCUGACUGAAAGGAAAUUUGACUGUGCACAUUUUUAUUUAUUUUCUUAGGGGUUUUCAUAAUAAAUGAGAAAAACGGGUAAAUUUAAGAAAUAUUAUUGCCUUUUAAAAAAACAUGUUUAUCCAAACUCCACUCAAAAUAGUUUUUCGCUAUCAAUGGUUAUUCAUUGUGUACAGAUAUUUUUUGCCUCUACCUUUCCUACUUAUCAUCUAUAAGAGUAGCCCACCCAUCGUGUGAAGUAUGUCGGUUUAUUUUUUAAAUCAAAACCAGUCAUAUUUACACACAACUUUCAUAAUACUUCAAACUUUAUUUAUUAUUUUUUUUAUAUAUAUAUUUAAUAGUAUAUUUUAAAAAUGUUCAUAUAAUUAGGUCUAAACAGUACAACAUUAAGUGCGAUUUCAAAAUUGGUCUUGACGUCUGAUGUCACGGAUGAUGUAAUUUCUGUAAUACGGCAUGUUGUUGAACAAUUAAAUAACAGACUUUUAUCUGAAAAUGAACAAUCAGUUGAGAUGCCAGUCAAUGUAAAAUUAUGGCACACUCCUGGAUGUCAUGAGCUUUUAGCAUCUCUUGGUAUACAUUUUAGUGACAUGAUUUUUUUUAAUUUGACUAAUAUUUAAUAAGAUAUCAAUAUCUAGGUUUUGAUUUAAUUGAAGUUGGCAUGGAUGAAGUCACCCUUCGGACUGGUAAACAAGCUAACAAACGCAGUAUACAAUUUGUUUUACAAGCUCUGUUAGCGUUAUUUGGUAACUGUUGAUUAUAUUCAUAUUAAAUUUCUAAAUACAUCAUAUAUUAUAUUAUUUGUAUGUAAAUCAGAUUUACCAAUUCACAAUUUAAAAUUUGUAGAUACACAAGAAGCACCUAAAAGUCUUUCAUUGUGUUCAUCAAGUUCACUUGAAAGUGUGGUAACUGUUGAAGAUGAUAGACAAAAUGAUUCGCCAUUGAAACCUAGCUCAACUAAUGCAUUACGAGUAUCUGGAAAUAAUGGUUCUGGAGCAUUUACUAGUUAUGUCAGGAAAAGAGGAGAACCAGAUGGAAGAACUGCAUCAGAUGCUUCUACCCAAAUCAUUAAGGUAAGUUUAGACUGGAUUUUUUUAAAAUUUAAAUGACUAUUCAAAAAAUAAAAUAUUCAACUUUUAUAAUACAUAAUGUUUGGUUUCAUUUUAUAAGAAUUCAACUGGAGUGUUGACUAUGCCAACAAUAUUGAGCCGUAGAUCAGGUGGAACAAAUGGUGGUGGAGAAAGUGAUGCUGCAUUUACACCAUCACCACCAGUUCCUGGACUAGGAGAUGCAUUAAGCAAAACUCUAGCCCACCAAACAAAAAUUAGAAAUUUGUACUCUACGCCUGUCCGCCCAGAUUCAUCAAGUUCUGCAAGUUCUGCUACAGAUUGGGAAGGUUAGUAAUUUAGGACCUCAUGAUUUUAAACAUUUAACUUCUCAUAGUUUAUUAUUGAUUACCUUUUUAUAUUAUUUAAACUAUUUAAAGCACUAUAAGGUAAAUAAAUGUAACAAGUUUAAAACAAAAAACCAGAACUAAUAUAAAAAUUUCUUAUAGGAUUUAAAUAAUAUGUAAAUUAUUUUAAAUAAAAUUAUAAUCUCAGUACAAUUGAUAUUAAAAUUUAAAAUACAUUCCUUAAUAUCUAUAGGCCUAUGACAAAAUUGUGAAAUUUAAUGUUAUUGUAGAUGAUUUAGUAGAAUCAUAUCAUCAUUGAUUUAGUAAAUCAAAUAUGUGUAGAUCAAACAUAAUAUAUUUAAUUCUAAUGGUUGCAAUAUUUAUCAAAAUAUAAAUAUUGUUAAGAAAAUAUAUUAGAAUUUAAAGUACCUAUUUAUUAUAUAUUUUUUUAGUACAAAAAAUACUUCUCUAUAAUUUAUCAAAAAAAAAAAAAUUAAAUUAAAACUUUGAUAUUUUUUUUUUAAUAGGAAAUGGGCAUUCUACUAUAUUGCGCCGUGGAACUCAUUCAUUACCUCCUAUACCCCCAAUUAAAAAACUCCACAACACAAAUGAUAUUUUAGAUAAAAUUGUGGUUGAAAAUGAUGUAAAUCAAACCGAUGAUACUGACAAAAUGUCAUUAUAUCUUGCGCAAGUGUUGGAUAUAUCUGAAAAAGAACCAACCAAAUCUCAAACAAAUAUUGAUGUUAACAGUGGACUUGAGGAUCAUAUUAGAACUUCACAACUACGGAAGUUAAAUUAUGAACCAAAACCAACAAUAUCUGAAGUAUAUCAUGAACGAAAAAUUGGUUUAGGAUUAGCACCAUCUUUGUUAAAACUUUUAUCCCUCGAUAAGCAUUCAACCAAAGAUAACAAAACCAGUUGGUUAUCACCAUCCAUGUUAAAACGAUUUGGAGGAGAUAGCUCACAAGAAACGACUUAUGGAGAAUUAAAUAAGAGGGAUGAAGGUGAUGGUCGAUCUGUUGCUGAAUCACAAUCAAGUACUGGAAGUUACAAAAAAAGAACUGAUACCAGUACAAUGCGAAAUUUUGAAAGUCUUAUUGAAGAAGAAAACAAUGUUAAAGAACCGAAAAUAAGAAUGAAAAAAAAAUCAUCGUAUGCUCCUCCACCACCACCAAGUACAUCUGUUAAACCUGUAACUGAUUCAUAUGUUGACUAAUUAAUUUUAUGUAGUGCGAUGAUAUGUAUUUAUAUAUGUAAAAAAAUUGUUUUUACUUGAAAGAAAAAUAUUAUUAAUGUACUAUACAAUGUUAAUAUUAUUGAUUUGUAUAUUAUUGGGAAAAAUAUUUUUUCUUAGUUCUUAUUUAAUACUAAGUUUGUUUUACUUUGAAUACAAAAAUUAACAAAAACCAUUUUUGUGUUCAAUUAUUUUAUAAAAUCAUUGGAUACCUACUAAUAAUCUGAUUCAAUAGUAUAAGCGAUGCCUGCGGUGGACGUGCUUAUUGGUCGACCACUUCUUGCUUCAACUUCAGCACUUUCUCAACUAGAAUUAAAUCAUGUAUAUCAAACUGAUACGUUUUUUUGAGACAUUACGUGUGGACUUUAAACUUGGGUUAUUUUUAAAUAAAUUUCAGUCAGAGAAACAUCAACAAAAAUAAAAUAACU